AAUCCUUUUUUUCUCUUCCUCCCUGUCUUUUAGGUUUUGCGAAUUCCGGCAUUGAUUCGAAGGAUUGUUCUGAAAAGCCAAAGCCAAAAGGCGCAAGUCUGACAGAACUGAAGAUGCUCCAAAUCCGGCUAAGCAAGGGUCCGUCAUCGGACGGUGGCGGCACCGCGAAGCCCCUGACAACCGAGACUGUGACGGUGGCCUGCCCUGACCACCUUGUGCUUUCUGAUCUUCCUGUAGCAAAGGGCAUCGGCUCUGCCACUUCCGCCUCGCUCGUCAAGACUGUUGGUCGAAGAUCCCGCCGACAGCUUGGCGAGCGAGUCCACUUUUGCGUUCGCUGUGAUUUUCCUAUAGCUAUCUACGGGCGACUGAGUCCCUGUGAGCACAUCUUCUGCCUUGAUUGUGCUAGGAGUGAUUCAAUUUGCUAUCUUUGUGAUGACCGUGUCCAGAAGAUUCAGACAAUCAAGAUGAUGGAGGGGAUCUACAUCUGUGCUGCUCCUCAUUGUUUGAAGUCUUUCCUGAAAAAGACUGAAUUUGAAUCUCAUAUUCAUGAGAGUCAUGGUGACCUUUUACAGCCCAAUGUAGAGAAAGAAGAUGGUAAAGAGUCAGAGGUUCAAAGUGCUAAACAAUCUACAGGUUCAGAAUCCACUCCUCGCGCUCCUCCAAGGGCAGUCUUCUCUCCUGGUUCUAAUCCUCAGCUCCAUGAGAAUGAAGAUAAAGCUCGUCGGCUACAGUCCCGAGAACAGCUGCCUCCAAGGCCAAUAAUGCAGCCAAAGGCAGCAUCAGUAUUCGGUCCAGUUCAUGGUUAUCCAUCAGAGCCACAACCUGACAAUAGCCAACCCCCAGGCUUUGAAAGGCCUGCCACCCACCAUUUCCAACAAAGCUUUGACAGGCAGGGCACCCCACAACCAGAAUCUAGCCAGUUUUCAGAAAAGCAGCAGGGUCACAUGCCUGAGAACCAGUUUCAGGAAUACCCCCCAAUGCAUUCCAUGCAACCACCUAAUUUCAUCAUGCCAAUGAAUCCAAGCUCGGUGUUGCCUCCAUAUGGUAUGCAUCCAUUCCCACCUGAUGGAGGUCAACCAUUUUAUGGUACUCCCUAUGAGAUGGCUAGACCAAAUUCAGCACCAGAUGUUGGAUCAGAACAAGGGUCAUUAUUGGGCUUCCCACCAGGUCCCAUGGGAGGUUUAAAUUACCCGCCAGCUUAUCCUCAACCCUGGAAUGCUGGACAACCUGGUGUGCCUUUUGAUGCACCAGCAGGUAGUCAAGGGAUGGGAGAGGGUUUUGCAAAUUAUCAGGGUGAUUAUGGACGUAAUCCUGGAGGCUUGAUGAUGAUUCCUCCUUCCCCAGCAUCUGCCGGCAAGGGGAUGGAAGCUGUGCAGGGUAAUAAUGCCAUUGAUCCCCGGGAUAGCAAAGGUAUAUUGGCACCGCAGCCCAUGCAAGUUCCACCUCCGCCGCUCGUACCUCAUAUGUCACAGCUUAAUCGAGGUAACUACCCCCCAGGUGACAUGGGUCGUGAUACACAGGGCUUUGGAUGGCAGCAUGAGAAUCGUGACAAUUUUGGAGGUAACCUAGACUAGAAAGGGUUUCACGUGAUGUUUAUGUAAUCCCUUCUUCGCUCUGAACAAUCAUGUUAAAAUUUGUUAUGUAAUGGGCAUUUUUUUUCUCUAUGUCUGUUUUAGCUCCAGUUGGCAUAAUGCUGACAUGUUUGUUGGCUAUAUAUUCUUUCAAGAUGAAAUUUUCAAUUAACAUUCAAUUGUGAAUAGAGAGUAUAAUGUUGUUCCUUCUUGAAAGUGGCACCGUAUGGAAAACUUGAAAUGCAUUGUGAAAGAUGGUCGUUCCUAUUCUCUCAACCAUAUUUGUAAAGCAAAUUAACAUCAUGGCUGGAA